AUGGCAAACAGCCAGCGUGAAGACAACACGAUAUACUUAACGGAGAAAGAGGCGGAGCGGAUACAGAAGACAGUCAAAGAACGAUUUGAAAAGUGCAAGGAGCAAAGCGGAAAUGUAAAGGCUCCGAGAGACAAGCUAGCUGCUCACCAGCAGGCCACGGGCGCAGCUCUCAUGGCAGACAUGGGAGGUGCACCGGAUCCGGAUAUGAUGCAAACCCAAGGCAAGACUUCAACUACGAUCCCUGUCAUUGGCGUAGGCCAGCCAUAUCCUCCAUGCACGACGCCACUGUCAGAUUUGAAGCCGAUGAAAAUGGCAGAUCUGAAGAUGGAGACGCAUCACCGAGGCUACAAACUGGUUGUAAAGCGAGAGAGCCCAGUAGUUACACUCGUCGCGAGGUCGUGGACUAUGGUUCAGGAUGAGGACGGAAGCGAUGCAGAACGUCUGGAGAUAUUGCUGCACAAAACACGGUACAGCGAAGAUGUGUUGGAGUCCACAAAGCAGUUCAUCAUCAAAGAGCCUUACUUUACCCUCACUGAACAGGGAGAGCCUACUCUUCGAGUCGAUCAUCCUUCUGACCUAGUCAUCUGCCACGAAGAGGGCACCAAAGAUUGGGCUGAUGCAGCGGCAGCGGAGAAGGCAGCCACACGCUUCAAAACUCAGGGUAACAACGCACUUAAGAAGCAGGAUCUCCCACUAGCCCACGAGAAGUACACCACAGGCCUGGCGAUCGCAAAGCAGGAUAUCGUCGCAGGAGAGAAUCCCGAUCUAGCGCGCGACAUUUUUCGGAAUCGUGCUUAUGUCAACCUGCUACUAGGUCGGCUAGACGAAGUGAAGACUGACGCACGAGCUUCACUAACCGGAAGAGACGAUCAGAAAUCAAAGGAACUAGAUAGCAAAGCUUACUACCGCGCUGGGUCAGCCUCGUACAAUCAGAGCCGCUGGCAAGAAGCCAAACGUUUUUUCCAAGAAGCACAAAAGCUCACCCCGGACGAUAAGGACGCCAAAGUACAACUAAAGAAAAUUGAAGCACGUCUACGCGAGGAAGAAGCAGGAGGCUACGAUCUGGUGAAGAUCAGGACCGGUCUCUCAAAAGCUCGAUCAAGAGUUGACGCUGGAAACUUUAUCAAAAAUACUGUAGUCAAAGACAGCCCAGGAAAAGGCCGCGGGCUAUACGCUACCCGUGACCUCGCCCCUGGGGAGACCGUCAUGUGCGAAAAGGCCUUUUGCGUAGUAUGGGGUCACGAAGAAGACACUCUUACAGCUAUGACGUACGACAUCCGCGACGACCGUAUUCGCGUCGCACCCGUCGGUCUCGCAAAAGCGCUCGUUCAGAAAUGUCUCAACCAGCCAUCUCAAACUGAAGACCUAAUGGAUCUCUUCGGUGACUAUCAAGGCGAAGGCAGCGAUGUCUACUCAAACGAGGAUGGGCCCGUCGUAGACAUCUUCCGGGUCCACGACAUCAUGUCGCGCAACGCUUUCGGACCUGGAAGUCAAUUUGGAGAAGAGAGCGCGAGAAAUGCUAGUACAGGUCUUUGGCGUCACGCUGCAUAUAUCAACCACUCCUGCCUCGCCAACACAACAAAGGAGUUCGCGGGCGACAUGAUCAUCAUCCGUGCUACGGAGCCUAUUAAAGCUGGCGAGGAAAUUUUCCACCCCUACGAUGCUUCGCUUGACUAUGAAACGAGACAAGGGUUCCUGGAAAGGACAUGGGGUUUCAGAUGUGUAUGUAAGCUUUGUGAUGCGGAGAAAGAGGAUGGACAGGAGACCAGGGAUAAGAGGAUGGAGCUGAUGGGCGAAGCGGAUGCUUUUGUCGACAAGACGCCUUGGGCUGGCGCGAAGAGAGUGGUACUUAGGAAGGCGGCUAAUAUUUUGAAGAGUCUUGAUGCGACGUAUGAUGAGGGAAGAUGGGAGGGGCUGCCUAGGAGACAUACGGAGGGAAUCAAAGCGUGGCUGGUGAAGGCUAGUCCGCGGUAA